CAACGAAACAUUUUCUGUGUUUCAAAGAUCAAAAGAAAAAUUUCCCGCUUGAAUCAUCAAAUACAAAGCCCUCCAAAUCCUCUCUUCUUCGCCUCAUUCUCCAUCUUCUCUUCUCCUUCCUCUCGCCGGAAAUCUCUCAGAGUUUAGACUUAGUUUUUUUUUUCCUUCACCGUCUUGCGAUUAGCUUCAUCAAUGGCGAACACAGCAACAGUAACCUCCGGUGCGAUUUCGAAGAUAUUGGCAAAUCCGUCCUCGGACUCGCCCUCGGAUGUUCCGGAGAUCGUGGUUCAGGUCGUCGAUCUCGAUCCCAAGGGGAAUCGGUACAUGUUUACUGCUAGCGAUGGGAGUGCGAAGCUAAGAGGUAUUCUCCCAUCCAAAUUUACGUCUGAGGUUAUCUCUGGAAACAUUCAACAUCUGGGUCUUAUCCGUAUUCUUGGAUACACUCUCAAUGAUAUCCCAAACAAGGAAGAAAAGUAUCUAAUCGUGACGGAUUGUGAGGUGGUUUCUCCUGCUCUAGGAAUGGAAGUUAAAACUGAGGUUAAGAAAGAGGAUGUGGGCAUUGUUUUGAAACCAAAACAAGAGUUUGAUGAUAACAAGAGUGCACCGAAUACCGGGGCUGGUAUCCUUUUAAAGCCAAAGCAAGAAUUGGUUACCAAAUCAGCAGCUCAAAUUGUACACGAGCAGCGUACAAAUAUGGCACCAGCUGCACGGAUGUCCAUGACAAGGAGAGUUCAUCCCCUUGUUUCUUUAAAUCCUUAUCACGCAAAUUGGACCAUCAAAGCCCGUGUUACAAACAAAGAAAAGAUGCGUACAUACAAGAAUGCUCGAGGAGAAGGUUGCGUUUUCAAUGUGGAGUUGACAGAUGAUGAUGGUACACAAAUACAGGCUACGAUGUUUAAUGAAGCUGCAAGGAAGUUCUAUGAAAAAUUUGCCCUUGGCAAAGUUUAUUACAUCUCUAAGGGAACUUUGAAAGUUGCCAAUAAGCAGUAUAAUACAGUUCAAAAUGAUUACGAAAUGACUUUAAAUGAGAAUUCUGAAGUGGAUGAGGUCAGCAAUGAAGCUGCUCUCAUUCCUAAAAUGAAAUUCAAUUUUGUCAAGAUUGACAUGUUAGGUACUCACGUGAACGGGAAGGAUCUUGUUGAUGUUAUUGGAGUUGUUCAAAGUGUUUCCCCUACGAUGAGCAUUCGAAGGAAAAGCAACAAUGACAUAGCUCCAAAACGUGAUAUAACUAUUGCCGAUGAGACGAAGAAGACAGUCGUGAUAUCUCUGUGGAAUGAUCUUGCGACCAAUGUGGGGCAGGAACUGCUUGACAUUGCUGAUCAAUCUCCCGUAAUUGCAUUGAAAUAUCUCAGAGUUGGAGAUUUUCAAGGUGUAUCUCUGUCGACAAUAAGUAGGAGCAGAGUUUUGAUUAAUCCAGACAUUCCGGAAGCUAAACAUUUGAGAUCCUGGUAUGAUUCUGAAGGAAAAGCCAUGUCCAUGGCUUCUGUCAGCUCUGGCCUGAGCCCAUCAUCCAAGACUGGGUCGAGGUCCAUGUAUUCCGACCGUGUUUCCCUGUCUCAUAUACUCCAAGGCAAAUCAUUGGGUGAAGAAAAGCCAAUGUUCUUCAGCAUUAGAGCAUAUGUUAGCUUUAUUAAGCCUGAUCAAACAAUGUGGUAUCGUGCAUGUAAAACAUGCAACAAGAAGGUGACUGAAGCAAUUGGAUCUGGAUAUUGGUGUGAAAAUUGCCAGAAAAAUGAUGAAGAAUGCAGUUUAAGGUACAUAAUGGUUGUGAGAGUUUCUGAUGCAAGCGGCGAAGCUUGGCUCUCUACAUUCAACGAAGAAGCAGAGAGGCUUAUUGGAUGCUCUGCUGAUGAGCUUGACCAGCUCAAAUCACAGAUGGGAGAGGAGAAUUCAUAUCAAUUGAAACUCAAAGAAGCCACUUGGGUUCCCCAUUUAUUCCGGGUUAGUGUUUCUCAGAAUGAAUACAACAAUGAGAAGAGACAAAGGAUCACUGUCAGGUCUGUUGCUCCAGUUGACUUUGCUGCUGAAUCCAGAUUCUUGCUAGAAGAGAUAGCAAAGAUGAAAGUUCCCUAAGAGGGAAUUAUUGCAGAGCCAUGACUAUCUAUCUCAGAUCAUUUAGGACUUUGGUAGGAAAUGUAAAUUUAAAGCAGCAAUUAGCAGUUUUCCUUUUCUUUAGUGAACUCAGGGGAAUAGUUUAUUUGCCAUUACCAAAUGGAAGCAUGUUAGCCUUUAGUUCACAUGUUAUGCCUUAUGGUAACUGGAUGCUUCAAAUGCAAGAAUUUUGUUAAGAAAAAUGGUGUAGAUAUUCAAUUAUGAAUGUUUCAAAUUGUUGAACAGAA